AUGGCUGUGGAUUCGCCGAAAAGUUUCAAGCGAAAAGCCUCUGAGGAGGCAGCUUCCCCGGAGUCUGGGCAGCAGACCAGCAAGAAAGCACGCACAGAUUCACCCGAGAAGGAGGAAGAUGGCCCUCUUAAAAAACCUCCACUUCGGAUUGUUCCGUUCCCAGAGAAGCCUGCUGUAUCAGAAGAACGCCGCGGUGAUAUCGAGUUCCGAGUCGUCAAUAAUGAUGGUUCCCAUGACAGCUUCAUUGUCCUUACGGGCCUAAAAUGCAUUUUCCAAAAACAACUUCCCAAAAUGCCCAAGGAUUACAUCGCCCGUCUUGUCUACGAUCGGUCCCACUUAUCAAUAGCUAUUGUCAAGCACCCAUUGGAGAUUGUCGGAGGGAUCACAUAUCGUCCGUUUAACACUCGCACCUUUGCCGAAAUUGUGUUCUGUGCUAUUUCCUCCGAUCAACAAGUCAAGGGCUAUGGUGCGCACUUGAUGUCUCAUCUGAAGGACUACGUGAAAGCCACCUCUCCCAUUAUGCACUUCCUUACCUAUGCCGAUAACUAUGCCAUUGGAUACUUCCAGAAGCAAGGUUUCACCAAACAAAUCACACUGGAAAAGUCAAUUUGGAUGGGUUACAUUAAGGAUUACGAGGGCGGCACCCUCAUGCAGUGCACCAUGCUCCCCAAAAUACGUUAUUUGGAGAUGGGCCGCAUGCUCACUAAGCAGAAGGAAUCUGUGCAAGCCAAAAUACGCGCAUUCAGUCGCUCGCACAUUAUUCAUCCGCCUCCGAAGGAAUGGAAGAACGAAGUGUCUCCCAUUGACCCCCUAAGUGUUCCUGCAAUCAAAGAGUCCGGGUGGUCGCAUGAUAUGGAUGAGAUGGCCCGCCAGCCUCGUCACGGACCUAACUACAACCAAUUACUGCACCUGCUGAAUGACAUGCAAAAUCACAGUGCGGCAUGGCCAUUUACCCAGCCCGUGAACCGGGACGAAGUUCCCGACUACUAUACAGUGAUCGAGGAGCCUAUGGACCUGUCGACCAUGGAAGAAAAGCACGAGAAGGACCUGUACCCAACACCUCAAGAUUUCAUCAAGGAUGCUGGGCUGAUUUUCGACAAUUGCCGACGCUACAAUAAUGAAACCACAUCCUAUGCUAAGAACGCAAACAAGCUUGAGAAGUUCAUGUGGCAGCAAAUCCGGAACAUCCCGGAAUGGUCGCACCUUGCCGACAAUCACUGA